AUGGCGAGUCCUCCAUCACAGCCCCCACAGGGCGCGGCGUCCGCGCAUCCUUCAGAGGACUUCGACCACGUCUCUGUUGGGUCACAUGAUUGUUUACCCUCUGAGUAUCUAUCGAACGAUUCCACCGAGGGUUGCGAUACACCCAGCUCUUCCGAUUUCACGCCGACAAAGCGAUUCCAGUUCCGCCCACAUUUGACAGUCAACGUCUACAAUACUGGAGGGGGAGGCUCGAGUUCGGGAGCGAGUGAUACGUCUACUAUUCAUGCCCAACGUUCUACCGAAAGGGAUCAAGUCCUCAUUGAGCUCAAGUCUCAACUAGCUGCUUUAUCACGAAGAGUCGACGAACUCUCCCAGGAACAGGAGCCCUCACCAGUUGUGAUCGACAGUGGGACAUGGAGUACGAUUACGGUCCGAUCAUGGGAGAACCCUCAGGUCCAUACAGAAGGACGUGUAAACUUCUCAAAGGAUUUCAAGACAGCCCCAACUCUAUUGGAUCUUGAUGCUCUCAAAAAAGGUUAG